AUUAUUGAAAGAAAAAUGUCACUGGAAAUUGAAACUGAAACUGAAGCUGGUUUAAAUAGAAUUUGUUUGUCAUUAGAAGCUGAGAAUAAGGAAAGAAGAAAACGUGUUUUGAACGAAAUUCUAAAAGCAAUAUUUGAAAAAGAGGAAAUUUUGGAUACUGACAAUCUAUUAAAAAUAUGGGAUAAAUUAAAUAGACCAUUGAUUAAAUUGUUAAAUGAUCAAGCAGAAGUUUGUCGAGAUCGUGCCGUAGAACUAUUAAAAAAUUUUUUGAAUUUAUUGACUCCGCAUGAUAAACAUAUUAUUUAUGUGAUUCCAGUAUUAUCAAGACGCUUAAGUCCAGAAGAAUAUAUAGAACCAUCCGAAGAAGUAAGACUAAAAUGUAUUACUCUCUUAAAAGUUAUUAUUUUAAAAUAUAAAGAUCAUAUUUCUAUAUAUAUGGAUGAGAUAAUAGGAAUUCUUGCAAGAACUGUUAGGGAUAAGUAUCCCAACGCUAAAAGGGAAAGCUGUGAAUGUAUAUCAGAAUUAGCAAAAAUUGUACCUAGGCAUUUUUAUACCUAUUCUGAAACUUUAAUAAAACCAAUAUUAAGUAAUUUUAGUCAUCAACAUUAUAGAGUCAGAGUAGCUUCUGUUAAAACAAUUGGUGAUGCUAUUCAAUAUGGUAAUAGCAAAUCUAUGGAAGAAGUUGCAACACCUUUAGCUGAAAGACUCUUUGAUCAAAGCGGAGUUGUUAGAGCAGCUGUUGUAGAAGUAGCAGGACAUUGGUUAGUGGAGUUAAGAGAUAGAUACAGUUGGUGGCAUAAAAUUCUUCCACUUAUUUUAACGGGUCUUCAUGAUGAAAUAGAAACGAUACGUGUUUCGGCAGCAAAAAUGUGGGACGAAGCAGGUCAAUUGUAUAUAAAAGAAAAUCAAAGCGACGAAAAGUUUAAAGAUAAAAUGGACUUUCUCAUAGAGAAACCAAAACAUUAUCCACCUAAUAUUACCAGACCAAACUUAGGAUGUCGUACUAUAGUUCAAGAAAAUCUAUGUAAACUGGUAAAUGGAAUAACACGUGAACUUGAUGACUGGAUGGCUGAUAUAAGACUUCGUUCAGCACAAUUACUUAGCGUUUUAAUACUAAACGCGGAAGAAUAUGUAACUCAACAUAUAGAAAAAUUAUUACCAGCAAUUUAUAGAGCUUGUAACGAUGAAGAUAAGAGAGUUGUGGAUAAUAUAGAAAUUGCAGCAGAAUAUUUAGGAUACUUUGUACCUCCACAAAUUUAUUGUCGUUUAGUAUUGCCUACGUUAGAAAACUCACCUACAGCAGGUCAUUUAAAAGCAUUUUCUGCUAUUAUAAGAUGUACAGAAACAAAUAUUCUUCUACCUCAUAUAGAAAAAAUCAGCAAUUUUUUACAACAAUCAUAUAUUAGUCGUAGCAAAAAAAGUAUUUAUCAGCAACAACUUUUAUCUUGCUGCGAUUCUCUUUUAACAGUAUGCAACAAGGAAUGCGUCCUUAUUUCCCAGAAUUUAUUUACUGUCAUAUUUACUUGUCUUGCUAUGAGUACAGAGAAGUUUAUUUCCAAAGAAGCAGAUCGAUUAUUUGAUGUGCUCGCAAGUAUAGAAUCGUUGGAAAAUACAGAAGAUCUGUUUCUUCAUCAUAUAAAAGCAAUGUUAAUGUCUAUUUGUGAUAACUGUGAUUCAUGGACAACUUAUAGUCCAGAACAUCAAAUAUUUCGAACAUGUUUAAUACGUACUUCAAUCGCUGCUGCUACUCAUAUGGAUAUUGUGCUACCGAUGCUACAAGAUAUUAUGAGCAAAAAUACAGACAUGGAAUUGCGAUUGUUAUAUUUAAUAUUACUAUCUGAAUAUUUGUUAUGCAACAAGCAAUCUCUCAGAUGCAUCAUUGAUUUUCCUAAAUUUGUUAAUGAAAUUUUAGAAAUAUGCAUUAUUCCUAAUCUCAUUUGGUCAGCAGGUAGAAUAUCUGAAGCUUUACGUACAGCUUCCAUUUCAUGUUUGUGUGCUCUUUUACAAAAUGAUAUUCAUUCCACUCAUGUCAAAGAUUCUAUUACUAUCGUUAACGAAGAAAUUGACAACAAAGCGAAUGAAUGUAAAAUCACAAUAUUUUCUACCGUAGAAAACUAUUUAUCUGUUUUCGAUAGAAUUAUUCCUAUUUUAAUUACGCUUGUCGAUGAUAAUAUGAAAAAAACUAGGCUUUAUUCUUUGCGUGCUAUUUAUUAUAUGAUGUCAAUUGGACAUAAGUUGUCUUGUGUAAAAGAAGAUCAUAUUCAUAGAGUAUGUACGAGUGUAUUGAAAAGAUUAGAUGAUGGUAGUGAUGAAAUACGAUGGGCAGCUUUAGAAGCUCUUGUAGAAAUAUGGUUUACUAUUCCAAAAGAUUACAAUAUAAUUUGUUGUAAAAGUUAUAUAGAUUGCCUCUAUACGACGGUAUUGAUACAUCUAGAUGACCCGGAACCAAAGUUUCAAGAAUUUGUAUUAGAUGUAUUGAUACACUUGGCAAAGAUUUAUCCUGAAUUAUUGUUUGAAAAGUUAAAAAACUGUCAAACAAACUUUAGAAAUCAAACUGGUAUAGAAAUACUUUUAAAUCAUUGUCAAGCAAUGUCCGAUGCUACUACUGAUCAUGUGGAUGUCGUGGAGGAUGAAUUGGAAGUCGAAUCAAAUUAUAAACCUCCUCCAGAGAAGACGAUUGAACAAAUUUUAGAAGCAGAUAAGGAAGAUGAAAGUUUAAGAAAAUACAAAGAAACGUUAUUGGGAGAGGCAAAAGCUGGUGGUGUGAUUGUUGAUCCCAAUGAUCCUAGGAAAGUAAUAGUUAAGAAAUUAGCUCUUUGCGUAGCCGACCGUCCUGAUAUGGAAUUGGAUUUGUCUGGUGACUUAUCGCAAUUGAAGAAACAAACUUUUGUUAUCAAAGAAGGAGUUAGUUACAGAAUUAGAAUUGAUUUUAUCGUGCAACGUGAAAUUGUACAUGGAUUAAAGUACGUGCAGAAAACUUAUCGCCUAGGUGUGCCAGUGGACAAAAUGGCACAUAUGGUUGGGUCAUAUCCUCCAAAAACCGAAGUACAAUCAUAUACCACUCCUGCCGAAGAUGCACCUGCAGGAGUUAUGGCACGAGGUUCGUACAGUGUUAGUUCUUUAUUCACUGACGAUGAUAAACACGAACAUCUGAAAUGGGAGUGGUCUUUUGAAAUUAAGAAAGAUUGGAAGGAAUAAAUCUAUGCUGUCAUUCCAUUAAAGAACAAAAACAAAUUAUGAGAGAACGAUUUUUAACCUUACAAUCAUUCGCAAUUAUAAAUAUAAGGAUAAGAAGAAAAUACCACCGUAGAUAUACUUUGAUGAGUUUCGAAUGAUUUUGAGUUGUGGUUGAUGAUACCAUAAGAAAUAAUUAUACAUAUUAAAUAAUAAGAGAAGAGAGUGACAUAUAUUGGUAUUUAUUUAGCAUUCACUUACCAUUAUAAUCAACUAUUCACAAAUGUUUGAGUCGCAAAGUAGAAUUCAUUGUGUUUAUGAUGAAUGGUCGGUAGAAAAAUGUACCGCAUUGUAGAUUAGAAUUAAUCUACAAAUGUCAAAAAUGUUGAAGUAUUUCAAAGUGGAAAGUAUUAUAUAAUUUGUGAAUGAAUAAUUUAAAUGAUAUACAAUAAUGAUCCCGUGAUAUUUAUCUAUUGAAAAUAAAGAAGAAAUAAAAACAAUAACAAAUUAUAAGGAUUUGGGAUAACAUGAUCUUUAGGGUGUUCAAGUGUACACGUACAUAAUAUUUGAAUUUAAUAAUUGGAUAUCAUAUCGCAUAAAAAUGAAAUUUAUACUUUUAUUAAGGUAAAAGAUUAAAUCGAGAAGAAAUAUAUAAACUCUAAAUUAGUAAACCUUGUUCAUCAAAGAGUUUAUUAUAUUACUUCGUAUUUGAGUGAUCAUUUGUAAGAGUACACAAGUACCUUAUUAAAGUAUGUGUAUAUUUAUCAAAAUUAAACAAAGUGCAUUACAGUUAAAUAUAAUUAAAUACAUUGAUAUUAUAAAUUUUCUGUUUGUGAGCUUCCAUAGAAAAUUAUAAUCUUUAUUAUAAGUCCAUUAAAUUGGAGUAGCUUUGAUGGUUCAUUUAUAAGUUUUUCGUUAAUACGAAAAGAUAUUAGAAUGUUAACAUCACAAGGGAUAGCGCACAUUACAGACAUUAGUAAUUGUAAAAAUGAUAAUAUCCAAUGGAUCAUUCAGUACAGACUGUGCAGCAUUUUAAGUAAUAUCUUUGUAUAUGCUAAGAUUAUUCGUAACCUAAUGUAACAUAAUUAUCAACAAUGUAGUAUAGACCUUUUAUACCUCACAACAAAAUCAUAGUUGCUAAAUGCUGCAAUAGAUACAAAUUGAUGAACGUUCAAAAUCUAAAAAGCGUUCCCAGGAUUAUAUGAUUGGAAAGAAACAACCUCUGUUAUAUCUAAUAUCUUGUUAAUUAUUAUUUCGUAAUAUAUUUUUCAUGUAAAAAUGCUAUCGUAUAUAUGAUCUAUUUGCAUACUAUUACUUUCUUUAGUCUUUUCUAUUAAUAAUCAUUUUUUAAUGUACUGUUUUACGGUAUGUCGCAAGAUUUGCAAUUUAUGAAUGCAGAGUCUAGUAGCUUAUUGUCUCUCAUGUGUAUUAUGUGUAUUUAUUUGUAUUACGCGGUGCAUUAUACAUUGUAAUCGUUAAUAUAGUUGCUGUAUAUUAAAUAUACAUUUUAUACCUUUCUCUUCCAGA